GUUAGAAGGGAUCGAGAGUAGACCUUGGGGCUCUACGAGAUUAUCAAACAUGUCGUCUGCACAGUUGGCAAUGUUGGAAAAGCUAAACUGUUCUUCUGUGAUCGUGACACAUUGCUCUCGUGCAGAGUAAACCAGUAAAUUUGUGAACGUGAACGUCGUAACACAAGCUCUUUCAAAGCAAUCAACAAAAAGAAAAAUACUUGACGACACUUGUUAUGCUCUUGGAAUGGAAACAUGUCUUGGUUGGGCGGAACGCUGUCGUCGCUCACUAAUCAAAUCUCCAGCCUCACAAACGAAGUGCUGCUCGAAGGCAGGGAGGAAUCAGACGACAGGGUAGCGCAGUUGCAAGUGUCCAAGGGCCGCCUGGAACAGCUGGAAGGCUGCAAUGCAACGCUGCGAAAAGAGGUGGAGCGACUCCGGGCGUCCAACGCAGAGCUCGAGGACCGCUGCCACGCCACCGAGCUCCAGCUCUGCGCCGAGCGACAGGCAGCUGCUGCAGCUGCGGCCGUCGCCGCCGCGUCAGCCGCGGGUGGCAGGGCCCGGAAUCGGCGCCCUCCGGACGACUACGAGCCAGUCUGCGCGCGGCCGCCCGAGGGACUAGUCCGGGCCGAGGCGACCUGGGAACACCGCGAUGCGGGACACCGCCCAACCGCCGCCGCCGCCGCCGCGCUCGGAGGACACCGGAAGACGGGACGCCGAGAGGAUGGCCGCAGCGACGACGACGACGACGACUUGGCCGCGGCAGGGGACUGGAACGGAGAGGUCGUCGAGACGUUGCCGCCGCAGGUUGAAAAUGAGUCAAACCACAAGCUUGCUGAUCUGCUGGAGCAACAGAGGCAACGUAUUCAGGAGCUGGAAAGUGCGCUUGCGGAGGCCAACUACCGCCAACAGGUGGAGGUGGCCGAACUGCAGAGUCAUCAUGCCAAGCAACUGGCGCAGGCACGGCUCCAGCAGCACUCCACAGUUGCAGGCACCGAAACGAAUGGGGAGGUGCCAUGUGUCGAGCAGACGGUUCAUUUACAAGAACCUCAAGUGACGGAACAGGCAAGACCACGUGCAAGGCGGAGAACACGGGACGCAACCUCGCAGACCGAGGAUGAUCCCGAGACCAGUUACGUCGAAGAGUUGCAGCAGGAGAAGCUUCAACUGGAGGCAAGCCUGGUGGAGCUCGAUCAGCAGAAUCAGGAAGUCUUGACACAGCUUCUUGCGGUGAAGGCCCAACUGGAGGCCGAGAAUCGGGAACAGGCUGAAGCGCUGAAGGUUCUACACAAACGGGACCAACGUGUACCCGUCGUGAGCCAGGCUUCGCAGACGGAGUUACAAGGACCGACCAGCCCCGAACUCCGGGACGAAGGGCAGCAGACAGAGAAUGGCGGCGGUGGCAAAGAGGACGAAAGCCGGCAGUUCAUGAAAGUUACGGCUUCCACGUGCCAAGCGUCGCAGACGGAUACUCCGAGCACAUCAGACAGUGCAUGCUCGACGGACAGGAGGUUGGAUGCGAAAGACGAGGACCAACAGACAGAAGAGGAACGGGCGAGUGCCUUGCAGACGGUGAGCUUAGAAACCACUAGCCAGUUUUGUCAGACAGAUCCCGAGAGCAUCGGCGAGGAAGUCUCCGAAGAAACAGCGGCCGAAGACAAGUCAUCCAGAGAAGAAGAGUCACUACGGGCCGACCUGGAGGAAGCGCGUGAAAAGUGCAGCCGGCUUGAGACAAUGCUGGAGCGGGCGGUACCUGGCGAGCGCCAGGAGGCAGACGGCCAAGCGGCACAGGAGCCAAAUGACGCGCUGGAGGAGCGGUUGCGUGUCCUGCAGGCCGAUAAGGACCGCAUCCUGUCCGUGAUGAACGAGAAGUCCCGCGAGAGCAGUUCCCUCAAGGCCGAGGUUCACCGGCUCCUCGGCGUCGUGGCGCAUGAGCGCCAAGCCCUCGCCCAGCUUCGCCGAGAGAAUGAGGAAAAGAUGGCAUCGGCGGCACGCGCCGACGCGUCGGGGCAGGACGCCGAGCUGGCGCGGGAAGCGCUGCGAAACCUGUCGCGUCUGGUGCGCGACCGAGAGCUGGAGGUGGAAGCGCAGAAGCAGAAGAAUGGGACGCUGCUCCAACUGCUGCGCCAGUGUUCGCCUGUGGACGGGGAGCAGCUCAAAGAACUGCUCGAGGAGCGCGAGGCGCUCUCGCGGCAGCUCACGGCCGCAGAGCAAGAGAGGGCGGCGCUGAAAUCUGCACUUGAGCUGCGGGAGAGGGAGGUGGCGGACGCUCGGGCGGAAGCGGACAAGCUGGCGCUGGAGCUGGGGGCACUCCGGCUGGAGAGGGACUCUCAGCUUCAGCAGCUAGAGGAGAAGAGGGGUGCGCUCGCAGCUGGGAGGGAGGAGGCGCUUGCGCUGAAGGGGCGGCUGAGCGAGGCGGAGAACCAGCUGAGGGAGUUGCGGGAGCAGCGAGACCGUCUCGCCGGCGAACUGGAAGCUUGCAGCGACGUGGCGGCUGCCGGGGGCGGAGACUCGAAAGGCCGGCAACUGGAGCAUUCGAACGUCGGCACGUCUGAGGAGUCGUCGGAGACGGUGGAUUGGAAACGAGAGGCUGAGAACAUGCAAGCGCAGGUUCUCGACCUUCGUCAGAAGGAAAGCAAGCUGCAAAGGGAGCUUGAACGCCUACGAACCCAUCUACUUCAGAUGGAAGAAGGCUACACAGAAGAGGCCCUCCAAGCAGAGGCUCGCGAGCAGAGCCUGCGAGCUCGCCUGCUAAAGCUCGAAGACUGGGCUCGGGUAUCCGAAUCGGUCGCCCACAACGCCACGGAGCAGGCGAGUCAGCAGGUCGGCAGCCUUGCGCAACAGCUGGCGGAAGCUCGGUCGAACCAUCGGGCGCUGGAGGAGGAGCUGCACCAGACCAAGGCAUCGCUCGGCAACCUUCAGCAGGUGCUUGACCACUUCCAGACGGAAAAGGACAGAGAAAUCCAGCUGCUUCGGUCGUCGUACGAGUCUCAGCUGACAAUGGAACGAGAAAAGUCUCAGCAGCUCGUCGAACUGGUGUCUCAGAAGCAGGAACAACUGGAGAGCAGCCGAGACGCCCUGGAGGCCGCAACGCGGCUCAGCCAGCAGUUGGACCGCAAGGAAGAGACGAUAGUUGCCCUCAAGCAGCAGGUCGGAGAACGAGAAGCGGAGCUAGAGAGGGUGCGGCAGGAGGUGUACGUGGUCCGCUCCACAACUGAGGGCAAAGUGGACAAGCAGGUGAUGAAGAGCCUCGUCCUGGGCUACUUCAGCAGUCCCCAGGGGCAGAGGCCGGAGGUGGUGCGUCUCCUCGCCAGGGUGCUUGACUUCAGCCGCGAGGAGAUGGACAAGGCCGGAAUCAGCCUGGGCAUCCAGGAAGGCACCUUGCGCGUGGGCUGGAUCUCCGGCUUCUUCCGGAGGGGAGGCGGCACCGACAGCGCCAGCGAGGUGUCCAGGCCCCUCCACCGCCAGUCGUUCUCGGCGCUGUUCGUCAAGUUCCUGGAGGAGGAGUCCGAGCCCCAGCAGCAGGUGCGGCUGCCCGUCGAAGCAAUGGCCGCCGGCACUGUGGCCUCUGCGGGACGUCACCAGUCGUCGGCGCUGGUGCCCCGAGCGCAGGGCUCUCCCCUACUGCUCCAGCCAAUGGCGGAGGCCCUGCCCACCCUGGCGCCAGUGGUCGCCGGUGCCCCACUGCCUGAAGAACCACCCGCGGCGCUGCAGUCUGCGUUCCUCAAGGAGAUGCUUGGUUGACACUUUCAUCGGCCGCCACGGCAUUCGCGAACCUUUGCGGGAAAUAUAUUUUUGUACAUUAUGCGAAGCGAG